UCCAGCAGAAACUCUGGUAAGAAACUCGCAAGACAGGCUGGGUGCCGUCCUCCAUCUCCAAAACAGGAGACCUGCCGGUGACCUCGAACUCUACCCUGGGUGCUGAUUACUUACUCCUCAUCGGAACCCCAGAGCUGGAUUUCUUGUCUGAUUUACAGAAAAUGUUACUGAGAGCCCCGCCCCCACCCACGGCGGCAACGCGAGGCGGCCCUAGGUGAAUCCCCGCCGUUGGCACCGCCGGAGGCUCCUCCUCCCUCGGCCGCCGCCCUUGUCACCUGCCGCCCAGGGGCCUGGCAGCGGGCGGCGGGGACCCUCGGGACCGAAAUGUGGCGGGCUGGCCGGUGGGCGCCCCUACUCCUGUUCCUGAUGCAAAGCGCCCUAGGAAGGCCCCGUCUAGCCCCACCCAGAAACGUGACACUGCUCUCCCAGAAUUUCACUGUUUACCUGACAUGGCUCCCAGGGCUAGGUAGCCCCCCGAACGUGACCUACUUUGUGACCUACAAAAGCUAUAACAACCAUUGGCGAAGAGUGGAGCAUUGCGCGGGCAUCAGUACUCUGGUGUGUCCCAUGAUGUGCCUGAAGAAACAGGACCUGUACAUCAAGUUCAAAGGACGAGUACAGGCAGCUUCUGCCCAUGUAAAGUCCCCAUGGGUGGAGUCCAGGUACCUGGAAUACAUUUUUGACGUGGAGCUAGCCCCACCCACCCUGGUGCUCACCCAGAUGGAGAAGAUCCUAAGUGUCAACGCUACCUACCAGCUGCCACCCUGCAUGCCGCGGUCACUGGAACUGAAGUACCAGGUGGAGUUCUGGAAGGAGGACCUGAGAAGCAAGACCGUGUUUCCAGACACUCCAUAUGGCCAGCCAGUCAAGAUUCCUCUCCAGCAAGAUGCUCGUGGACGCCACUGCUUCAGCGCCAGAACCGUCUAUACCUUAACCCACACGAAGUACAGCCUGUUCUCUGAGCCCAGCUGCAUCUUCCUAGCGGCCCCAGGGGCCAACAGGGCUGUCCUGGCGGUGCCCUUACUCUUGCUUCUACUGAUAGCAGCGGCUGCAGCGGGUACGGCAUGGAAGAAAAUGGAUGGGAACCCCUGGUUUCAGUGGGUGACGAUGCCCCAGGCACUGGACUUUUCUGAAAACAGACACCCAGUGGCGACCUUUCAGCCCAGUGGACCUGAGUUCUCAGGUGACUUGAUCCUCUGUCCCCAGAAGGAACUGACCAUAAGGACCAGACCAGUCCCUCGGGUCACAGGCCCAGCCACACUGCAGGCAGGAUCAGAAAAAGACAGUACUGAGGAUGAAGACGAGGACACAGACGACGACGGUGACAGCAUCCAGCCCUACCUGGAACGGCCCCUCUUCGUGAGGGAGAAGCUCCAGGUUACGGAGCAUUCAGAGGCAGAUGAAUCUGGGGUGGAUUCAGUUGGGAGCGAAGGCUCGUCUGCAUGGGACUCUUCAGGUGGGAGCUGGUCCAGCACAGGGGUCUCCUCAGGGGACUCCUCUUAUAAAGAUGAAGCUGGGUCUUCCAGCUGUUUGGACCAGAAGAAGCCAGACCAGGAGCCUCAUGGGGAUGGGCACCAGGGGCCUCUCCCAUGCCUGGAAUUUUCUGAGGACUUGGGCACUGUGGAAGAGCUUCUGAAAGACGACCUCUCUGGUUGGAGAAUAUGGGGUACCUUAUCCCCAAAGAGAGAUCUGGCUCCUGUGGAGCCCCCAGUUUCUCUUCAGACACUGACUUUCUGCUGGGACAGCAAUCCAGAGGAACAGGAGGAAGAAAAGGAGGAGGAAGAGGAGGAGGAAGAGGAGGAGGAAGAAGACUGGGAAUCAGACCUUAAGGACAGCAACACCAGCUGUUGGGAUGCUUCAAGCCCGCAGAGGACAGAGGUCAGGGGUGGGAUGCUGGGAGAUUACAUGGUCAGGUGAGAUGGCCCCAGUAGUCCAUCCAUGGACCAGAGGCACCUCCAAAAGCCGUGUCCCUUUGAAUGGUAGCCAAGGUCCUGGCCCUUCUUUAUGGAUCUUUAUGGCACCUUGUCAUUUUGUAAGAUGCCACCUGCUGUAGGUGACCUGUGAGCGGGAUGGAGCUGUGGUCAGAGACUAGUUGAGUUCCAGUCUGCCCACUGUCCCUGGGAUGACAGGUCUAAUGGAAAAUCACCCUCGGACCAAAUGAAGCAGGUGAAGCCGGGUGGCUGUGGACACCAAGGACUGACACGCCCUAGUCCAUAAGUCACACACAGCAUUGCACAAAACAGGCCUUGGUCCAAAUCACUGCUCUGCCGUUUCUGGCAGUCACUGAGCAAGUGACUCUUAACCUCUGCGCCUCAGUUUCCCCUUCUGCAGCUGUCACGUGGAUAUGGUGAGGGUUCGAGGAGUUUUCAGGUAAUGGGUGACAAGGGACCACCAAUGUCACAUGUACUGACUAUGCACUAAAACUCAUCAGUCCAGACUCCUGAGAGACCCCAGGCACCUCUCACCAGCAACCCCUAAGCCAGGAGUAACAAAAUACCUACCCUCCAACCUGUCUACCCUCUAGGUCACCCCAUUUCUUCCUUGUCACCUUCUAGUCAGGGGCUCCCUGAAACCACAGCCUGACCAACUUUGCUUCUUUCUCAAACAUAGUUCACCUUCCAGGGUCGACAUUGGUCAGGGCAGAAAUUGCACUCCUGGCCCGGUGUCCUUUUCGAAUGCCAUUGUAACAGGGUUUAAGUUUUUUGGGUGUUUGAUUGUUUGUUUAUUUAUUUGUUUUUAUCUGUUUUGGUCAUGAUGAGGUCCUAGUAUCUGAGAAGCUAGUGUCUUUUAGAAACAGACGACUGUCCUUUUGGGGGUGCGAUGUGUGUCCUCGGUCUGCAGGUGUCACUCAGAACCAAUGUGUUUGUGGCUGAGGACCUCAACAGUCCAUGAUGCAGAAGAGAGCUCACAACCGCUUUACUCACGGAGCUGUGCGGCUCUGAGGCACAACCUUACAGAACUCGUGUGAGGGUACCCCAUAAGGCAGACGUUUUCAACCUUCCUAACACUGCCAGCCAUAAACAGUUCUUCAUGGUAUGGUGACCCCCCCCCCAGUCAUAAAAUUAUUUCAUUACUACUUCAUACCUGUAGUUUUGCUACUGUUAUGAAUCACAAUGUAAAUAUCUGUGUUUUCCAGUGGUCUUAGGUGACCACUGUGAAAAGAUCAUUGGACCCCUAAAGGGGUCAUGACCCACACGGAGGUUGAGAAACACCAUCUUAAGGGCAUCUGAUUCGAGGGUUCUCUAGCUCAUUCUCAAAGGCCUUUGGGGCUCCAGGAUCUUCCCCCUUCAGUGGGAGUGGCCUCACUGAGUUAAUACACAGACAAUGGCUUUGCACAGAUGGUGUCUUGAGUGGGGUUCACAGGUAACAAAACCCUAAAGCACUGUCCUCAAUACAUACCUGUAUCAUUUCAAACAAACCUUUAAGUCACCUGGCAAGGCAGCCCUAGUGACUUAAUAUGUGUGUCCCCAAGAGUUCCCAGAGUCAUCAAACUGACAGGAGAUCUUUGUGACACACACACACACACACACACACACACACACACACACACACACACACCUACCUCCUACCUCACUGGGGUUUCCCUGCAACGAUGCUUGACCACAUCCCUGAGCCCAGAAGCAGACCAAACGCGCAUGCUUGAGGACAGUCAUAGCACUGGAGCAGCUCCUGGAAAUGUCCCAGCCCAGCCAGUGGCCUUCCUGAGACCCAGCUGAGCUGCGCCACAGAGGCUCUGUCAGAAAUCCUUCCAACUGUGACAGCCUUGGCCUCGCCUUCCGAGCUUACUCUCCGAUAGUCCACCUUACUGUUUACAAUGUUUCCCAAAGUUUACUUUCUGAUGGAGCCUUCUUGUCAUUCUAAAUCCCAGCUCCUUUCAGCCAUUAGGUCAUUGACAAAAGACUGUGGGAAGCCCAUGGAAAGGGCAGCAGGAACAACCCAGAAGUUCCUAAUGUGUGCUCAGCACUUAACUUAUAUGUAAGCAGCCCUGGGCGACAGUCUCUGGGCACCUCAAGGAUAACAAGGUCAAAGUGACUGACUGGAUUCGCAGUGGUGGGCAGCAUCGGCACACUGAGGCUAUACAUCUUUCUUACUUGUUUAUAUUACCUUUCUUGCAUAUUUGUAUUUUUGUUGAAUUUUGCACUGUAUUUUAUACCCUAUUUAAACAAUAAUAUCAGCUGGUAUAUAAUACCCAAAACCUUAAAUAAAGAGAUCUAUUUUUAGAGAAAA